CCUUAGGGACGGUUUCCUUUGCAGUUGCCGUUAACCGUUAACCGUAGCUAUUCCUUCUCCUUUGCAAACUUUCUCCUCACUUUCCCCAGUGGCUAUUUUUCGACUUCGACCUUUCCGGUAUGUCAGUGAUAUCAUUUAAGUCACGUUACUUGAGCUAGGCGUCCAAACGAAGUGAAAGUCCUAGCAAUGACUGCUGACCCGCUGUUAACUAGUUAAUUAAUAGAAAUAAAAUAUGAGAACCUGCUAUGUCUUAAGUGCUAUAUACGUAUGCUGGUCGAGGAAAAUGAUAAUUCAAAAGAAAUGGGGCAGUUUCAAAACGCUGUGCAUUUUCGUUUUGUGCUUCUGCCUCGGCCUUGUCCUUUUGAACCUGUCUCAUUUGAAGUGUGUGAAACAAGAGAAUACGAACAGGUUCGAAAGCCAUCUCCGUGCGCCGAAGCCGGCGGUCGAUUCUCCGAUCUAUGUGGUGUAUGGGAAAAGAGUCGACACGGGCCACCUUAGACACGUCUUCGAUAUGUUCAAAUUGUUCGGAUACGAACGGAGAGAUCUCAAUGCGAGCAAGUGGGAUGUCAUGUGGGCCCACGACUACCCUUUCCAGAAGCUUUACAGUUCGGUGAAAAACCUUAAACCACACCAGAAGAUCAACCACUUUCCUGGUAGUGGAUUUAUAACCAACAAAAUGGACUUAGCGACCACAGGUCUAACGUUUAUUCCGAAAGCAUUCAAAAUUCCUCAGCAGAAGGAGCAACUCCUGCAAUACGCUAAGACACACACUUUGAAGAAAUUUGUGCAAAAAAGUAACGACCAUAGGGGCAUCAAGAUUAAGAAGUUUGAUGAAAUAAAUUUCACGCAAAAUGACAGUUUUGUCCAAGAAUUUAUAGAUAACCCGCUGCUCGUCGAUGGAUACAAAUUCGACAUUGGAGUUUACACGAUUAUCACAUCUUUUGACCCUCUACGUGUCUACAUAUACAACGGAGAUGCUUUAUUCAGAUAUUGCCCAGAGAAAUAUUAUCCAUUUGAUGACAAGCAUUUGGACAAGUAUGUAGUCGGAGACAAUUAUCUGCCAACUUGGGAAGUGCCAUCGCUCAGAAAGUUAUACAAAGACAUGGGCUAUUCAAUGAAGCAAUCGUUUAAUGGGUACAUGAAGUUAACCGGUCGAGAUCCGUCUAUAAUAUGGCAGAAAAUAGAGGAAGCGAUAAAGGAAAUCUGCUUGAAUAAGGAGCCUCAAGUAUUAAAAUAUCUAUCAUUGUACAAAUCCAAAAGGAACUUUUUUGAAAUGGUCCGAUUUGAUUUUGUCGUCGAUAACGAUCUAAAUGUCUUCGUUAUGGAGGUAAACAUGUCUCCAAAUUUAUCAUCUGCUCAUUUCUUAGAAAAUCAAAUCUUAUAUGAACAAGUGCUGUACAAUCUUUUCCACCUGUUGAACUUUGGAAAUAAUGGGUUUUUAAAAAAACGGAAUAUCCAAGUAUCAGACAAAAAUAUUGUUGUAAAUCCAGAAGUGUGUUCAGGAUGCAGUGAGUGCAUGGCUCCUGAAUGCGAAUUGUGUCUCCAGUGCCUUAAUUCGGAAUCAAAAGCAAUAAUAAAAGACGCGUACCUCGAGCAUACAAACAAGCACGACUGUAAAAGAAUUUUCCCAUCAAAUGUGGACGAUGAGAUGCUUUAUGAUGGAACGUUAAGUCCUGAGAACAGAUUUAUGGUUAAAUGGUUCAAAGCCAAGUGUUCAGAAGACAAAAGUUGGUGCUAAUUAUUAAAUUAUUUACUGUGCUUCAAUUUCUGAUUAUGUUCUAAUCGUUGAUGUGUUCCAUGAAUAAUUAUAGUAUUUUGUUAAUUA